UAUUGACGUUUAACAUUUAUUGAAUGUGUUUAUUUACUGAAAUUGAAAGUUUUAUGUAUUUUUACAUAUUUUGUCUAAAUAUGUCCGAUGAUGACUAUUGGAAUACUAGCGAAACAAAAGCAAAAGCCUUUAGCUUUGACGAUGAUGUGUUAUCUACUCAAGAAAUCUUAGCAAUCGGUCAAAAAUCCUAUCCCGGACAAACAGACAAUGUUUUUAGUUCAACUGUAAGCACUAACAAAAACCUACUGCCAUUAUCUAGUCUAGUGUCACCGAAAGUUUUAGAUUUAAUUGUGCUCGCUCAAUCCGGUAAAGACCCCAAAGAUAAGGCAGAAUCGGACCAAACAGUGGCAGUUACAUUAAAAAGGCUUAUUUUAGGCCGAAGUGUCACCUUACACUCUCAUCGUAGCUUGAAAUCUAAGACCGAGUUACUUGAUGGGGCUAUAGCUGUUGGCGACGGCAAUGCCAUAUUAACUGUUGUGUUAUUUUUAAUACAGACGCUAAAUAAGAAGCUUGUUUAUGAACUUCUAUCUCUAAGGCCUCUCGCGUUGAAUCACUACAUUAGUUUCCUUCAAGUGGAAGGAAAAAUAACCGACCUCACGGAUUUACUUACAAUGUUAGGGCGGAGUCCAGAGGCUGCGGUCUAUCAAUUCCAACACACAGUCAAGACUCAAGGAAACAGCAUUGAUGGUUUGUUAAGAAAAAUAAAUAACUUACUUUCAAAUCACUUUAACCAGCCCGGAGUGGACACGCAUCAGACUAAAAUGGUUUCCGAUUAUAUUAAAUUAUUGGAGUGGCAGAAAUGUGCCAAUAAAACGGAGCUGAACAACAAAUCAACACUGCACUGCCUGUCGUAUUGUUGUACGAACCAUUGGACCGAAGGAGCUGGUAAUAUGAUGUCACCGCUCACGCUUUGCCAACGACAACAAGUGACUCCAUUGCAGUACGACUGGGUUGUGUUAAACGUUCACGCCAAUUCUAACAAGUGGGACAUCGUUGAAUCUUUGUUUACGAAAAAAGAUUGGCUGGGACGUACAACGGUAUCAUCACACAUACCAAUUGAGACUCUACUGUCUAGAUUGAGUGAACUGUCUGCCAGUAAGCAAAUGCUGGCCACUUGCCUCAACAAGAUACAGAGCUCCGAAGAUAGGCUGCGAUUAGCUCAGAAAUAUAAGGUACAUGCCGUAGUGAUAGAAACUUUAGCAAAACAGAAAGAUAGAUUAACUUUAACUAAUUAUAAGAUGACCUUGAACCCGCAAUCUGAGGAAUAUAUUCUCGCUGAGAACACGCUCAGAGAUGCUUCAGUAAAAUGGAAAAAUUAAAGAAAAUUCAGUCGUGAUUGAGAAAACAAAGCUUGACGUGACUACUAAUUAAUAAUCGUCUACUAUAAGAUAAAAAAUAUAUUAAAUUAUUAUAAUGUAUUCUUUUUAAUAAAAAUGUUAUUUAAAUGAAA